AUGGACAAAUGGGUGGCGGAAUACCUCCUAGCCAAGAUGCAAGCCUCAGAUCCGGAACUGGUUGUCAAGGUCCUCUGGCAAAUUUGGAAAAAUAGAAACAACUUCAUCUUCUGGAAGACCCACGGCCAACCUCAAGCACUAAUCGACAUAGCCCUAGCACAGAAUGGCGCCUCUCAGAGAUGGAUAUCGAGGAACUCCUCAAGAUUCAAGGACAACGAACACUCACCCGUAACCUGGAAAGCACCGCAAACGCCAGAUCUGAAAUUGAAUGUCGACAGCUCAUGGACAGCCCCCGAUUCAGCCAGCUCAGUUGUUGGUCUUCUUCGCGACUCCAACGGAAGCGUGAUCGAUGGGUUUGCCAAAGAGGUUCACGUGGCCUCCCCUUUGCAGGCAGAAACCCUAGCCCUGUUUCAUGGGUUGAAGAUGCUGGAAGAGUCGAAGAUGAUGCACGUGGGGCAAACUCAAGAACUGAACCGAAGACUUACUUGCGAAAGUGAUAGUCGAAAGCUAGUUGACUUCAUCUUGGGCCACGAGGAAGCGUCUUGGGCCGUCCAACUUCAGGUACAGGAGUGCAAAAACAUCCUGGCCUAG